AUGGGACGGCGGAUUGUCGGCGGUCGCGGCCCGCGGGCACAGUCAGUGGCUCAUGAAUGGUUCGUGACGUCACGGAUCGAUGUCGUCACAAUAAGUCGCAUGUAUCGGCAGGAUAACGCGCGGGUCGAUGACCGCGGCCGGUUAAUUGCGGCCCGUCCCCCGCCCCCCGGCCCGCGCCUCCUGCGACCUCCCCCGCCUCCCAGAUGA